AUGCCAGCCCUUGCGAAUGCGUCUAAAGACCUACUUUCCAACGGUCCGGAUGAAUCAGGCCUCUCUGCAAACUUGUCACAAUUGGAAUUCCUAACUAAGGCGAGAGCUACUGGGGCUUAUUUGCUUCAAGUGCACACGUGUCUUCAAAGCCUGAUAAAGAAUAUAUCAAGUUUUAGAAAUAGAAUCGGUGGAUGUAACAUUUUGGCUGAUGUUGUUGAGUUUGGUGAUUUCGACAACGCUUUUCUAAGCCGUUCACCAACUUUACAUCCAUUGGAUAAGGAAAGCGAGAUUUUAAUCGAUUCAAUUGCAAAUGACUUAAUGACCGUCUCAGAUGCAUUUACACAUAAUCUCCCUGCUGAUAUAUCAAAAGAAGAAUUUAUCUGUCUCCGUUCUAUGCUAAGUUGUUUCUCUUCCCACAAGGCUCAGAUGAUAAACUACGUAGACAGGCUUUGGCGACAAGCAGUCACCUUCAGAACAUUCAAGGCUUCUGAUUCGUGCGACCUUGGUGACCGACCAUUUUGGGCAUUUACAAAACCCACUAGGGAUUUUGCUGACUCGAUCUCGAAUAAUAGCUCCGGCGAUGAGUCAGAUGCCAAGACGAGUGAACUAAAUGGAGAAGCUUGUGAAUCAUCUGGAGAUGAUAUACUCUUUAACAAAACAAAUAAUUCCAUAAAUCAGACACGUUUUCUCUCUCGGCUGACGGUAACUACAAAUUACUCGCAUCUGAAAAAUCUCCUCACCUUAAUGACUGCUUUGAACAUCGAGAAGCUUUUCAUUACUCGAUUAUCGGAUAAUAUAUGGAAGCAUAUGUUUCUUCCAUGGUUAGAACUCACCGAGCAUAGUCGCAUUAGAUGGCGAUUCUUCCAGUCAUCUACUUUCUCUUCUCAAAAUAUUUGGCAACUUGACCUUCUCGAAGCUUUUACCUCAAAUGGGAUCCCAUUUGCAAGCCAUCCUCAUGCUUCGCAUUCCAAACUUACAACCUCUCUUGUCCGCUUGAGAUCCGUACUCACUGACCUACACACUCAUCUUUUCGGGCUUCCUCUUCCAGCUGAAUCUAUUACGAAAAAGGCCUCGAAGCUAUCUCAUCUUGAAGAUAUAAGUAUUUUUGAUUCAGAAGGUCGGCCUCGAAGAGUGAUCGACAUUGCCGUAGCUUCAUAUGCGUAUUUUGUAAUGAUCAAGGCCAUUUUGACAUGCAUCAUCACCUUCGACUAUUCGCAGUGA